AUGCUUUCAGAAAAACCUAUUUUAAUUAAUUGCAGAAUUGCAGAAACUGUUAAGGAGCAUCGAGCUAAAGCAGUUCAAAGAAAUCAAUGGCUUUCCAAAACAUCCGGAGCUGAAACUAGUGGUCAUGCUUCUCCCUCGUUUGGCAGUAGCCCAGUAGGCACUCUUUCCACACCCCGUUAUCAGUCAACUAUUUCGCCAGGCCUUCCCGAGACUCCCAUCUACUCUCAACGGCAAAGUUUCAGUCCACCAGCUUCGCCUAAUUCCAGUUUCACUCUGCCUCCGGCCCCUCCACUACAGCGCUCCUUAACUUCCCCGGGAUCUCGAUCUCCGCAAACGUCCGUAAGACUACCUCAAUCAUCGCCUCAAACGAAGCAGCCUAGAUCGCCUACCACUCAUAUUUCACCUUCUUCCAGAGCCUCAGAGAUGAGUUCCAUACUUGCAGAACAUGGCAAAAUUGAUUCGGUUGAGGGCGCAAGUGGUCAGGGUAAGUUAGCCUCUGGAUGA